GUUCCUGUCUCCACGAUGUCGCGCAAAGUAUAAGCGGUGCCAGUAUUUAUAAGCGUCUUCCGGUGAGGAAGAAACAAAACAUCUUCAUUCUAUGUCUUUGUGACACCGUGUACGAUGCCGGCUGACCACACUGUCAGAAUAUCUCUUAGAUCCAUAGAGAGAAAGAAAGAGUGAAUGAUCAGAAGUCCUCGUCAGAUCAGUUUCAUAAUCAGAGCCAUUUGCAGCAACCUUCAUUGUAGAACACAUCCAUGUCACUUGGCCUCAUUCUGUGUUCGGACACCUGUUUUCAAUUAUACAUUCCUUAGCAAAAGUACAUCAUUUAGUAACCCUCACCUAAACUGUUACAGUUUCAUUUCAAAUCAAUAUAGAUAUUUCUGUUCUGACUUCAUAAUGUCUGAAAACAGAUACAUUGUUGGCUAUGCAAAAAUGGGUACAUCCAGCUGUAAAAAAUGCAAACAGAAAAUUGAAAAGGGAGCAUUAAGAGUUGGAAAAGUGGUUUCCAACCCAUUUAGUGAUGAAGGGGGUGACAUGAAACAGUGGCACCAUCCUGCCUGCAUAUUUGAAACAUUUGUCCGAGCCAGAGCAACGACGAAGAAGAUCGAGGACCCUGAUGAUGUGGAGGGGUUUGAUGACCUACAACAGGAGGACAAGGAUGUCAUGCAGAAACUCAUCGAUGAUUUCCUGGCCAAGUCAAAUGCAAAGGGUAAAGGCAAGACCCCAAAGAAGGCUGUUGCACAGAGCAAACUGCCAUUCUCCCCACCGAAGGUAAAGAAGGAGGAGGAUGACAGCUUCGGUGCAGGUACUUCAACAAACUCUGAUGCUAAUGGUCAUGCACCACCCAAGUUUGCGGAUGCCGAUACAGAGAGGGACAAUUCCUUCAGGCAGUUCCGUCGGCUCUGUGCCGAUAUAGCCGAAGAAAACAGCUACACCGGCAAGACUGCUCUCGUGUCCAACUAUCUCAGGAAGGGGAACAGUGGCACUGGCUACAAGGGUGAUGUCUAUCUGUUGAUGAAGUUGUUGUUGCCUGGUGUUGUGAAGACCGUGUAUAACCUCAACAACAAACAACUUGUCAAGCUAUUCAGUCAGAUAUUUGGUACAAGUUUAAAAGCAAUGGUAGAAGAUCUGGACCAGGGGGAUGUAGCAGAGACUGUCAGGGUGUUUUUUGAGACUAACAAAAACGUGGAACCCUUGAAGAAGAGUGUCCUGUCCUUACAAGAGGUGGAUGGCCUCCUCAUAUCUCUGGCUAAACUCACCAAGGAGGACGAACAGCUCAGACUGUUGACAAAAAUUACUAAAAGAUGUACUGGAAAUGAUUUGAAAAUGGUGAUUCGUCUCAUCAAACACGACCUUCGCAUAAACUCAGGGGCAAAACAUAUAUUAGAUGGCCUUGACCCAAAUGCAUAUGAAGCAUUCCAGGCUUCGAGAAACCUGAAGGAUGUGGUGGACAGGGUCCAAGCUAAUGCAGAGGAAAGCAAGCCAGGCAUGAAGAAGAAGUUGAGUGUCCGAGCCUCACUCAUGACUCCUGUACUUCCCAUGCUGGCUGAGGCUUGCAGGUCGGUGGAGCAGGCCAUGAAGAAGUGUCCCAAUGGAUUCUACGCCGAGAUCAAGUAUGACGGAGAGAGGGUGCAGGUCCACAAGAAGGCCGAUGAGUUCCGCUACUUUAGCCGCAGUCUGAAACCCGUCCUGCCUCACAAGGUAGCUCACUUCAAGGAGUUUAUCCCCAAGGCGUUCCCGUCAGGCGACGACCUUAUCCUAGAUGCUGAAGUGCUCCUUGUCGACACCAAGACAGGCAAACCCCUGCCAUUCGGAACACUUGGCGUGCAUAAGAAAGCUGCCUUCUCGGAAGCCAAAGUGUGUCUGUUUGUGUUCGACUGUCUCCACAUCAAUGGAGAAAACUUAAUGGACAGACCCAUCAAGAAAAGGAGGUCAAUACUGCAAGAUAAUAUGCAGGAAAUACCCAACAGAAUCAUGUUCUCAGAGUAUGAACACAUUAUGAAACCAAGUGACCUCCAGUCCAUGAUGGACAAGGUGUUCCGAGAAGGCCUGGAAGGACUUGUGCUGAAGGAUGUCAAUAGUCACUAUGAGCCGGGGAAGCGGCACUGGUUGAAGGUGAAGAAGGACUACCUUCAUCAGGGCAGUAUGGCCGACUCCGCCGACCUCGUAGUCCUUGGAGCGUACUUUGGCACAGGAAACAAGGACAGGGUGAAGCUAGCCCUAAGCUUUCUCUUAUUACAAUACUGUAUGUUUCUUACCCAGGUCUUAUACAAAGAAUCCAAGGAGAAGACUGACAUUGUCGUCCCCAAGAAGACAGGAAAUGAUGAAAGUAAUGGUAAUGCUGCCAAGCACAGCAGCGGAGGCGACAGUGACAGCAUGGAUGUUGACAUCCCCGUGAAGAAGACACCGGUCAAGAGACAGGCAGAGGAUGAGGGGCUGACCACACCCACCAAGAAGUCUAAACCAGGAUGCAAGUAUGGUUCCACUUGCUACCAGACCAGCCCCGCCCACAAGGCAGCUUUCCAUCACACUGCUGGUGGCAGCACCCCCCAGAAGUCACCGUCCAAGCCCCUCACUCCUGGGGUAGCGAGUUCCUCCAACAAACUACCCGACAUCUUCACAGGCUGCAAGAUUUACCUGCCUGAAGCCACAGAGCAGUUCAAGCAGCUCAAGCGCUAUAUCGUAGCUUUUGAUGGAGACGUGUUGCCAGAGUUCAGUAAGGGAUCAGCGACACAUAUUGUGUCUUCUAAAGGAAAGAUUGGCACAGUGAAUAGCAAGGCCAAGGUCGUGACCCCUGAGUGGCUGUGGCAGUCAAUCAAGAAGAAACGGCUCGCAUCAGCUGAUGUAUACAGGCCCUGAACAGGGACAUUCAGACAUUUGUUUAUCCUAUUUUAUACACCAAGAACCUAAAACUAUGUGUAUUGUCUUGGGGCAACUACAUAAAUCUCAAAAUCUAUGAUAUUUGAGAAUAUCAGAUACUGGCUUGAAGUACCUUCAUUUUUCAAUGACAAAAUGGAAAACCCUUAAGAAUCACCAAAAUAGAUUGAAAGGUUUAAGUUUGUACAACAUGACAAAACAUUCUUUCAAAAAGAAUUAAAAUUCAUUACAGAUUUG